AUGCGUACGCAUUUACGCACUACAAAAGGCUUCUGUUUGUGCCACUUGCUGUGUGUGUGGCAAGUGGCAGGCAAGUUGUGUAUCUACCUGGGCUAUUUCAAUGCCAGCUAUGUGCCACAAACCAACAAAUUCGUAUUGGACGAUCAGCUGUAUGUGCAACUGAUUGCUGUGGCAAAUUGCUUAUUAUCUGUGGCAUAUUUGUGGCUGAGUCAACGUUGGAUCUACGAUCAGUUGUUGCUGCUUUUAUACCUGCCACUUUAUGUCUACUUUCUGCAAUUGCGGCAACAUUUUACUAGCUUGUUGAAUGACUGUGCCGCGGUGCAACGCAACUUGCAACAUGUGCUGGGCAACUGGUUGUGUGUGUCUCUGAGAAAGGCAGCUGUUUUAACCUUACUCUUGCCACUGGAAUUAAUCCUUUUGCUGCUGUGGCAAUAUCACAUGUACUACAGUUAUCAGUUCUUUUUCAUCGCUGGCAUCGCUUUUAUUUACCACAUGCAACUGAUUUUCCUGGGCAACUAUUUCAUCUGGCUGGGCAGCAUUUAUCGAUCACUCAAUGCAUUUCUGCUUCAGCACAUGAGCAGCUCUAAAUUGGUCAUACUGAAAACGCUGCUGAAACAGGAAGCGAUUCUCUACCGAAUUCAUCGCAGCAUUAUUCACUACUUUGCGCUGCAUCUGCUCAGCUUUCUCACUUUAAUUGUGGUCACUUUCUUAAAAGUAUUUUUUAACAAAAUUAUCAAUAAUGAGCUGCAGAUUGAACGCUUGCAACUCGUGCAUCUGCUGCUGCUUCUCUCACUGCUCCUGACACUCCUCCUUACCGCUCAGGAGUUGCAGCUGCAGCGCAGAAAUUUCCACAGCAAUUUCCUGGUGCUCCAGGAUCGUUUGGAGUACUUUCAGUUGAAGUCCUGGUGCCUGUUGAAGCACCAAACGCUGCCCAUGCCCUUUGGACUGCCUAUUCUACGCUCCUAUGUGAAACCACAGCCCAAAAGGGACAUCAUUACCAUGUUGUUCUCUAGCAACCUGCCUGCUCCUCAGCUGAGUCAAAGAGUCCUGCCUUUGGUCAAUUUGGGUCUGGGAGCUCAUCAACUUCAACUGUCACUGCCCCAAGUGAUUACUUUCCUCAUCCAAUUCGGUGGCAUGCUACUCCUGCCCCUCUGUCUGCACUCACAGCUGCAAAUCAACUUUUACAAUUCCCUCAAUCCAAGCAAUUUCGAUGCUAAUGUCACCUCAACAAUUAGUCAGGUGUAUCGCUGGUAUGCUUAUGACGAAUUGGAAUAA